GUACGCACGCACACCGGCAAUCUACUACUCUCCAUCGGCUCCAAUCGAUUCACUCGCCAGGCCCGGAAUUCUUUAUCCGCGCAACGCAAUUAUCUCCUUCGCUCAUGUGUUUGUUGCUUUGCAAGUUGGAUGCAUUUGAUCCCUGUGGGGCAGAGAGGCUGGCUGGAAGCGGAAGGAGGCCUGGCUGCGCUGCUUGCUUGCUUGGCUGCCAUCUUUAUCGGCUGGAUUCCUCGCUUCCUUUUGGGCUUCUCGGAGACCCACUCUCGCCUCCUCCUCCUCCUCCCCAUUCUCUCUCCGCCUCUGGUCCCCGGGGAGCAAGCAACCCUUUUUAGCGCAAGAUUCAAUCUGCUCCUGCUCUUCCUUCCUGCCGCUGUGCGCAGAUUUGCCCCCCUUUCUUGGCCGGGUUUCGUGCGUUCACGCGGUUCCUGGCCUGCGAGCAGUUAACGAGUUCUUGAUCCAUCCACCUUCUCCUCUGUUGUUAGUUGUGUGCGUGUGUGUGUUGUUCCGGGCCAAAGGCUGCUGCUUGCGGGGCAGGAUUUCGCGGGUCGCAUUCUGCUGGGUGCGCCUUCGAUCUGUUCCCCAAGUCAGAUUUGAUUGGCGUUGCGUGUUCGUGGGGGGAAUCUGUGGGUGGGAGUUCCGACUUGGCCGCUCCUGUGGUGUGCUCCCAUCCCCCACUUUGAUGAGGCUCUCGCACUGUGAGAGCUACUGCGCCUCCCCCCUCUGCUACAUCCCCUGCCUCCGGAAAUCCAAAGAUGCAGGCAGCGAUGCAGUCGUCUCUGCGGCACCGUGCUCGGCCGGCGUCGCGGCCGAGGACAAGCCGCCUCCGGUUCAGAAGAUUGAGGUGGCGGCGGCGGCGGCCGAGAAGAACGAUGAUGAGGACAAAAAGGUCGAAGAUUGCGAGAAGAAGGCAGUGCCGGCGGCCGCCGCAGCGCCCGCAAAAAGCAACCUUAAGAAGGCCAAUUGCGGCGACGGCGUGUGUGCUGCAAAAGGCAAUGUCAAGUGGCUUGAUUUGCUGGGAAAGGAUCUUACCGAGGUGAAGGAAUUCGAGCCAAGCGAAUCUGGAGACUCGAUGGACGAAGGGGACGGCAUCGCGGCAUGUGUCUGCGUCAUCCAAUGAAACCAAGAAGAAAUCUUCCCAGACGAAGAUGAUGCUCAUGUAAAUUCUGUGAAAAUUAAGGGGGGGUCUCGGUUCGAUGCCCAGCAUUUGUUGCCUGUACCAGUUUCACCAGUACAUGCCUCCUCCGUCCGUUCCAUAGCUGCGUAGAUGUAGAGGUCUUCUGCCCAUUUUUAUCAGUCUCAGGUCUCGGUGUUUGUGUGGUUGGUUGGGUCGCCGGUGUGGAGCUUUGUCUGCUGGAGUGAUACACCUGACGCUCUCUUGGUGAUGUAGUUCAGAGUAUUGCUUCUGUAAAGUUUCAAUACAAAGAUAUUCAGAGUCAGGCAUAGACCAUCUUGUAAUGUGUUGUUUACUUAGAAGAAGAAGAAAAAGAUGCACAUGCAUAUAUUGUUGGAAUCA